CGCCCUGGGAAAAUGAAUCUUUGGCGGGUACAUUGUUCGCUCAGGUUUAUAGGUGGAGUGCUAGUGUUAGGAGUGUCACCAGGCAAGCUAAAGAGGGAGCUGUGUGGUCUGGCACAAAAUGGUAGAAGUCCAAGACAAUGAGAGUACAAUUAUGAAAAAGCUGCUCCAAAACUCUGACCUGUUUGGCGGAGAGAGUGACAGUGAAUCAGACUCUUCACCGCCAGCACAACACAACGUCAUUAGGCCACCCUUGGUCCCCGAAAAAGAGGAACCAAAAAAAAAGAGAAGGAAGCCAAAAGAGCCGAGGGAACCAAAGCCGAGAAAGUUGAAGAAGAUCGAUGUUCAACAGAUUCACAGUGAUAGCCAACGGAUGGUGAGAGAGUCGUCGCUGAAUCUGCCCAAGUAUCUGCCCAAGGCGAAGGAUAUCAACAGUUUUCUGACAAGGGUUCGGUCCAGAAAGUCUCAGUCCACUCCUGUGGUAGCCGCCAUCAAAUCCACCCCACUUGAGGAGGAUGAAUUGGAAAAGGGUCUUCACAUAAACAAAGAGAAUUCUUCAAGCUGUGAUGGAGACGAAGACUCGCUACCCCCUGUUGCCUUGGAUGUACCCACCACACACCCUACUGCUAACGAUAAUCAUAUCAACGAUAAUACAGCUGAUUAUCAGAUGCCUUCAGAUCAUGUGACCACCGCAGAUUACGAUCUCGACAAUACCCUUCAAGACGACCAACUAGAAAACAAUAACAACUCGGACUUUAGGGGAACGACCACAUUGCCAGACGAACGAAAGACACCAGACAAAGAUGUUGACCUGUCUUUCAAUGGAGAUAUUUCCCCAACUGCCCCUAAUCUUCACCCAGAACCAGAAAAACAAACAACCAAAGUCAGUAAAUCUAAGCAGCAACCAGCAGUAUACACUAAGCAGACCACCAUUACCAAUCUAUUCACUGCAAAGAAGCAACCAGAUAUAGAGUCCACCAAAGAAGAACCCUCCUCUGAAACCAUGAUCGAUUCAAUGGCCCCUCCAUCACUCAAACCUCAACUCAGCUCAAUGGAUGACUUCCUAUUCGAGAAAGAUAAAGAGCUCACUAUUGAAUUAAAACCAGAGAAGGAGCUCACUCCUUUGGAGAAGUUUCAGCAGAGGUAUACCAAGCAUCAGAUUACCAAGGUGAAAGUAAAAGUUGAGCCCAUAGGGGAAGAGAAAACGCCGCUAGUGUCGGAGGAGAUGGUGGCGAAACUGGGAGACAAGCCAGGAGCUAUUCGACAGCACCUGCUAUGCAAGCUCCGCGAGCAAGUGUCCCAGCAGAAGGCCGUGGAGCGGAGAGAGGCAGAGGAGGUGAGGAAGAUGUACAAUGAAGAGGUGGAGGAGGACGAGGGAGAGAUGACAGAUUGUGAUACGACUGAUGAAGAGUACGAACAGAACAGUGAGCUUGCAGCUGCAGAGAGUGAUGUUUGCAGUGUUCUCGAUGAAGAUGAACAAAUCAAUGAGGCACCUUGUCGUGACGAAGGUCCUGGACUGUCCAAUCAGAAUUCAAACAAGGAAGGAGACUCGAACAGUGAUGAUGAUGAUGUGAUCGUACCCACCUUGGUCAAGAAAAAAUCAUUUGUUAAUCGAAUUCUCGACUCUGAUGAUGAAGAUGAAAUAGAAACUCCUACGGACGUAAGUUCAACACAACCUGUGAGCUGUACAGAUCAUACAACUGACACUCGCUCCGUUCUCGGUUCCAAUUCCACGAUCCCCAAACCAGAAACUUACCGUUCUUUUCCGAGUUCUGAAUACAGUAGUAUGAGUUUGUUUGACAGUGCAACAACUUCAACUAGUGACCUUGUUCAUAACGAAACCUCGAAGAAAGACGCAGUCGAGAGAAGACAAAGCUUUCUGAUGAACCAAGAAGCCAGUAUGCCACCAUUGAUGCUCAAUGUGUCCUCUGAGAGUGAGGACUCUGAUAAUGAUAAUGAGAGGGGUUCACCCAUACAAAACGAUGUGUCAGGGAGAUUUGCCGGUUCUGGUUCCACGUUUGGCCUGCCCAAGGACAGUGGAAUGGGAACAAUGACAAGGAUGGUGGAUGACGAGGACUCUCAGCUCACUGGUGAUGCUGCACGUGACUCAAUUUCUGAGAGCCUUGAGACCAGUGCCCUGGGUGAGAAGGACAGCAGUAUGGAGAUGAGCUUCCGCUGGCCUGACGGUCCCUCACUACCCCCGGCCCAACCCCAACCUAGGAGAGAAAACAGCACUGGGAUAAAGGGUCUCGGAUUUUCUGAAGAGACCUUUGACCCCCAGUCCCAAUGGGAGGAAGCUCAGGCCCUACCUCCUGUUUCCAUGUCAACGAACACCCAAGCAUCGCAAGACGUGUGUGUGGAUGAGGGCACUCAGUUUCUAGAUGCUGACGGUUUCCUAUGCGUACGCAAAGAGAAGAGACACACACACUCCUCCUCGGCCAUCCAUGACUCCCUGGACCCCACACAGGGCAGCUCCCCCACAGAGCUACUGGGACUUUGCUCAGGACAAUUCGAGGAAACACGAGACCCACCCAGCCCAAGAAGACGUCUCUCCUCAGACUCUAACAGCACGCAGGGUGUUAGGGAACUGCUCGGACUCGCUACAAAACCCAAGGCUGUGGGUAUAUCUGGUUUAUUGAGUGGAGAUCGUGGUGAUGGCGUUGAGGCUGUUACUGGUGGCUUGACUUUCAAUAGUACUCAAGGCUUCUCACAGUUCAAUGAAGUGGUUGGACUAUGCUCUGGUGCGUUUCCCACUACUCAAGCUACCGGGAACAUUGGCAGACCAUUGCAAUCUGUUCUUGGUGGCGACGAAUCGCAGAAUGCUGUACUUAACUGGGCGACGAAGCAGAAGGAAGGUGAUGGUUACUAUGGUGACUCAGAGAGUGAGGAUGAGGAUAUGCCGUUGAUUAAAAAGAAGAGAGUAAAACUAAAAGUAAAGAACAGCAACAGUGACCGUCUGGCAGAGUUUGUGGAGAGUGAGGCGGAGCUCUCCGGGUCGGACAUGGGACCAGAUGAGGACGAUGAGAUUCUGGCUGAGGAGGAGGAGGGGCUCUACGGGUACAAAGAGGAUGAAGGUGGCCAAUCAGAUGUCCCCCUGUCGGAUAGUGAACUCUGGGACCAGGUCAACAAGGCCCACAUGAAGCACACAAUGGCCGAUGACAAUGCUGACUUGAGGGACAUUAAAGAGAGAUUCUUAAAAGAGGGUGACCUUUACGAAGACGGUCUAGCUCUGAAGAAUGGUUUCUUUCGUACUCGUCGAUUUACCAAGCAGAGUUCGGAGGUGGGCUCAGUGGACCUAUUUUCAGAGGGGGUGGGAGAGGGGAAUGAGAUGGGUGUGGCACUUGAGGGGGAGGAGUUUAGCUCUCAGGCAGAGGCUCACCGAAGAAAAGAUAGAUUGGAGCGAGAAGAGUUCAUGACAAAAUGUCGGGAGAAGGAUAACGGACUGCUGGCUAUUGACGAGGACAGUCAGAGUAUUCUUAGCAUUAUUGUGGAUAACUCCUCACAGUCGGCAGCCACCACUCCACUUUUGGUGAAGCAGAUGCCCAGGCUGACUAUCCCAUCUCUCUCCAGUGGUGGCUACAAGCACACUAGAGGAUCGUUCCUAAAGCACGACUCUAACACCCUCCGUCGUCUCUCCUCCUUCACGGCAGCCACACCCAAAGCUGGGGGUGGCACAAAUGGCUUUGUGUUUCACAAGAAACUGGGGGUUACUGGUGAUGAGCAGGUGGACAGCAAGAGAAAGGUUCAGCCUAAAAAGAGUUUUAAGAGGUUACUGUCAGUGGAAAAAAGCAAUGAAUCCAAGCGCCCCAAACUGGACAGGUCAAUUUCAGCGCCCUCAGACACUACAAAACAUUCCAGUAUAUUCAGCAUGUUCAAAUAGCUAACAGAAAUUCUGCUCAGUCUAUCUACAGCUGUCUUUCUAUCUUGUUUUUCUGUCCUCCGUUAAAUAUGUAUUUGUGCUCGCACAAGAUAUUAAUUUUGUUCAUGAUAUGUCUAUUUUGUUCAGAUAAAUGUG